UCACUGAUAAAGCACAGUUGGAUCUUUGUAAUUGGGCAAGAACUAUCUGCGAAUUGUUUCAAAAUGGUGAAGGUGAAAGAAUUCUGUUGCGGGUGCUCUCUCCGAAGUGGAACGUAUAUUGCAGCAUGGGGUUUACUAGUAUGGAGUUUUUAUAUAUUUAUAGUGGCUGUGUAUUAUUUUAUGUUCAUUCUACGUUUGGCUACCAAAACAAGUUCUUGGACACGGUGUUUAUUUGCCUAUGACGUCACAAGGACCACUAUUGGAAUGACAGUUUCCCUAAUAGCGAUAUGGGCACUUCAAAAGAAUAAAUCCAAAUUUUUAAGCGGUCUUCUAUGGUACUUAUAUUACUCCAUAACUUUUACAAUACUUGAUGAGAUGUUGUUAAUAUUCGCGUUCGAUGUGGAAGUAUCUUAUUUAUGGACGUUAAAUCUGAUGGGUCAUAGCUAUGUUAGGUCUGGGAGAAGUGAAGACAUCGCAUUGAUUUUCUUGAUUUAUUUAUUUGGAAUAGGAGUUGCAUCUUAUUUUGCGUUGAUUGUGAAAUCCUACCGAGAUUAUUCGUUUAGAAAUGAAGCUCACAAUGUUCAAUUUGUCGGCCCGGAUGCAACAACUGUUGGGUAUAUAACAGCAUAGUUGAAUAGAUAUUUACCUAACUAAUAAUUACCUAGUACAUAAUUUAAUUUUAGUACAAUUUGUGCAAUCUAUUGUUUUGUUUCAUUAUUCAAUGUCACUUAGAUGUACAAGUUAAUGAAAAAUCAAAUCACACUUUAUUAUAGUCAUAAAUGCUAAUCAUUUGUGUAUGUGAACGCGUUUUGUAUUUUAAAAAAGUUAAUUUGAGUAGAGCCUAUUCAUUUUUGAAAAUCGAAA